GCAGUUCCCGCCUCCUCCCGGCCGGCGGAGUGAGUGGAGGCUGCAGCUCGGCUCGGCUCGGCUCGGCUCCCGCGACGCUGCUGCCGCUGCAGCUGCUGCCGCUGCCGCCGCCGCCGCCGCGAAGCCCCCCGCCCCACUUCCCCCGCGUCGGGAUGAGCUCCCGGAAAGUGCUGGCCAUUCAGGCCCGAAAGCGGAGGCCGAAAAGAGAGAAACAUCCGAAAAAAAAUCAAGCAGAAGAUUGAGCUGCUGAUGUCAGUUAACUCUGAGAAGUCGUCCUCUUCAGAAAGGCCGGAGCCUCAACAGAAAGCUCCCUUGGUUCCUCCACCCCCGCCCCCUCCACCGCCACCGCCUCUGGCAGACCCUGCGCCCCCAGAGCCAGAGGAGGAGAUCCUGGGGUCAGACGAUGAGGAGCAGGAGGACCCCGCAGACUACUGCAAAGGUGGCUAUCAUCCAGUGAAAAUUGGAGACCUCUUCAAUGGCCGGUAUCAUGUUAUUAGGAAGCUAGGAUGGGGACACUUCUCUACUGUCUGGCUGUGCUGGGAUAUGCAGGGAAAAGGAUUUGUUGCAAUGAAAGUUGUAAAAAGUGCCCAGCAUUAUACAGAGACAGCCUUGGAUGAAAUAAAAUUGCUCAAAUGUGUUCGAGAAAGUGAUCCCACUGACCCAAAUAAAGACAUGGUGGUACAGCUAAUCGAUGACUUCAAAAUUUCAGGCAUGAAUGGAAUACAUGUCUGCAUGGUCUUCGAAGUGCUUGGCCACCAUCUCCUCAAGUGGAUCAUAAAAUCCAACUACCAAGGCCUCCCAGUACGUUGUGUGAAGAGCAUUAUUCGACAGGUCCUUCAGGGGUUAGAUUAUCUACACAGUAAGUGCAAGAUCAUUCAUACUGACAUAAAGCCGGAAAACAUCUUGAUGUGCGUGGACGACGCAUAUGUGAGAAGGAUGGCAGCCGAGGCCACUGAGUGGCAGAAAGCGGGCGCUCCUCCUCCUUCGGGGUCUGCAGUGAGUACUGCUCCACAGCAAAAACCUAUAGGAAAAAUAUCUAAAAACAAAAAGAAAAAACUGAAAAAGAAGCAGAAAAGGCAGGCUGAGUUAUUGGAAAAGCGCCUGCAGGAAAUAGAAGAAUUGGAGCGAGAAGCUGAAAGGAAAAUAAUAGAAGAAAACGUCACAUCAGCUGUACCUUCCAAUGAGCAAGAUGAUGAAUACCACCCAGAGGUGAAACUAAAAACAGCAGGAUUAGAGGAGGCAGCCGAGGGUGAGACUGCGAAUAACAACGGUGAAGCUGAGGACCAGGAGGAGAAAGAAGACACUGAGAAAGAAAACACUGAGAAAGAUGAAGACGAUGUUGAACAGGAACUCGCGAACGUAGACCCUACUUGGAUAGAAUCACCCAAAACCAAUGGCCAUAUUGAGAAUGGCCCCUUCUUACUGGAACAGCAGCUGGAUGAUGAAGACGAUGAUGAGGAAGAUUGCCCAAACCCCGAGGAAUAUAACCUCGAUGAGCCGAAUGCAGAGAGCGAUUACACAUAUAGCAGCUCCUACGAACAAUUCAAUGGUGAAUUGCCAAAUGGACGACAUAAAAUUCCUGAGUCCCAGUUUCCAGAGUUUUCCACAUCCUUGUUCUCUGGGCCCUUAGAACCUGUGGCCUGUGGCUCUGCACUUUCUGAGGGAUCCCCGCUUACCGAGCAUGAGGAAAGCAGUCCAUCCCAUGACAGAAGCAGGACAGUUUCAGCCUCCAGCACUGGGGAUUUGCCAAAAACAAAAACCCGGGCAGCCGACCUGUUGGUGAAUCCCUUGGACCCACGGAAUGCAGAUAAAAUUAGAGUUAAAAUUGCUGACCUGGGAAACGCUUGUUGGGUGCAUAAACACUUCACAGAAGACAUCCAGACGCGUCAGUAUAGAUCCAUAGAGGUUUUAAUAGGAGCAGGUUACAGUACCCCUGCUGACAUUUGGAGUACGGCGUGUAUGGCAUUUGAGCUGGCAACGGGAGAUUAUUUGUUUGAACCGCAUUCUGGGGAAGACUAUUCCAGAGACGAAGACCACAUAGCCCACAUCAUAGAGCUGCUAGGCAGUAUCCCAAGGCACUUUGCUCUAUCUGGAAAAUAUUCUCGGGAAUUCUUCAAUCGCAGAGAUCACAUAGCAUUGAUCAUUGAACUGCUGGGGAAAGUCCCUCGAAAAUACGCUAUGUUGGGGAAAUAUUCCAAGGAGUUUUUCACCAGAAAAGGAGAGCUGCGACACAUCACCAAGCUGAAGCCCUGGAGCCUCUUUGAUGUACUUGUGGAAAAGUAUGGCUGGCCCCAUGAAGAUGCUGCACAGUUCACAGAUUUCCUGAUCCCGAUGUUAGAAAUGGUUCCAGAAAAACGAGCCUCAGCUGGCGAAUGCCUUCGGCAUCCUUGGUUGAAUUCUUAGCAGAUUCUGCACACACGCGUUCUGAGCUGGCACAUGUUGUCCAGUGCAUUGGCCCUAAAGGGGGACUCUCGUUCUUAACAGGAUUACAAGUGAGCUGGCUUCAUCCUCAGACCUUUUAUUUUGCUUUGAGGUACUGUCGUUUGACAUUUUGCUUUUUGUGCACUGUGAUCCUGGGGAAGGGCAGUCUUUUGUCUUCAGCUUAGUAGUUACUGACCCACUUUACUUCUGGAAACAAUAACAUGUCUCUAAGCAUUGUUUCUUGUGUUGUGUGACAUUCAGAUGUCAGUUUUUUUGAACGAAAAAUACUUUCCUCCUUGUGUUUUGGCAGGUUUUGUAACUAUUUAUGAAGAAAUAUUUUAGCUGAGUACUAUAUAAUUUACAAUCUUAAGAAAUUAUCAAGUUGGAACCAAGAAAUAGCAAGGAAAUGUACAAUUUGAUCUUCUGGCAAAGGGACAUCAUUCCUGUAUUAUAGUGUAUGUAAAUGCACCCUGUAAAUGUUAAUUUCCAUUAAAUAUGGGAUGGGGACUCAAAUUUCAGAAAAGCUA